GCCAUGUUGAACGAGGAACUCGGUAGAACAGCGGGGAGAAGUUCCCGGAUGUGAGCAAAACAAUCCACGUCAACAAACACGAACCGGGACGAACCGGGACAGGUAGAGUUAGACCGAGAUAACCGGGACGAUCCGGGAGAAUCCGGGCAGCCCGGCCGGUGCAGUUUUGACCUCAGAACCCCGCAGUUUGUUUGCGAUGAGCUCGGUGAGCCAGAGGAGCUCCGGCCUGGUGCAGCGGCGCACCGAGGCCUCCCGCAGUGCCGCGGCCGGCAGAGAGCGAGCAGCCGACGAGGAGGAAGCAGAGAGUCGCCGCGCUGAGGAAGAGGACGCGGAGGGAGACUCCAAAGAAACCCGCUUAACUCUGAUGGAGGAAGUGCUGCUGCUUGGGCUGAAGGACCGAGAGGGCUACACUUCGUUCUGGAACGACUGCAUAUCGUCUGGUCUGAGGGGCUGCAUGCUGAUUGAGCUCGGCCUCCGAGGACGAUUACAGCUCGAACCGUGCGGAAUGAGGAGGAAAAGCCUGCUCACCCGAAAGGUGAUGUGUAAAUCGGACGCCCCCACAGGAGACAUGUUGCUAGACGAGGCCCUGAAACACAUUAAAGAAACUCAGCCUCCUGAGACAGUACAGAGCUGGAUCGAGCUGCUAAGCGGAGAGACUUGGAAUCCUCUGAAGCUGCACUACCAGCUGAGGAACGUCCGUGAGCGUUUGGCAAAGAACCUGGUAGAGAAGGGCGUCCUGACAACGGAGAAGCAGAACUUCCUGCUCUUCGACAUGACCACGCACCCGCUCACCAACAACACGGUCAAGCAGCGGCUGGUCAAGAAGGUCCAGGAGUCUGUGCUGGACAAGUGGGUGAACGAGCCACAGCGGAUGGACAAGCGCGUGCUGUCUCUGCUGUUCCUGGCCCAUUCCUCUGACGUACUGGAGAAUGCUUUCGCUCCUCUGCUGGAUGACCAGUACGACCUGGCCAUGAAGCGGGUCCGCCUCCUGCUGGACCUGGACCCGGAGGUCGAGGCAUCCAGAACGGGCGCUAACGAGCUGCUAUGGGCCGUGGUAGCUGCUUUCACCAAGUGAACCUGGUGGACAAAGAGAGAGGGAGGGGAGUGAAAGACAGAAAGAGAAUGAAAGACUGGCCUUUGAGCUCAUUGAGCCGGACCCAGAACAAUGGCCUUGGAGCUUUGUUUACUGAAUCUAAUCGUGGUGGUGGUUACUCUAAUUGUUAGUGGUGGAAAUACCAAUAAUGAAGGAGAUGAUGGUAGCAAUGGUGAUUAUAAUGAUAAUAGCAAUGAUUCUCAUGAUGAUGGUGGUGAUCUUGAAGGGACAGCCUGCCUCUAACUUCCAAGGACCUGUUCUUCUACUUCUGCUUCUUCUCCUGGCUGGUAGUGGACACAUGAUUACAGCCUGCUUUGAGGAUUAGAGUAAAAGCACUUUCCUAACUAACAGGGUCCAGGAAAAACUUGGAAAUGUAUCCCACAGAGAAGUUCUUAUGGUCCUUUCUUGUUUUUUUCCAACUUAAUCAUAAAUUUCAUCUGGAACCUGGUGUGCUACAUUAAUCCCAGUCUUAUUCAUGCAGGCCUACAUUUAUACAAGCCCAUUCUUUACUUUUACGCUACGAAAAGAUGUCUUUGCAAGUCAGUCAGUAUAUAUGAUUUCACAUUAAAUUGUAGGAAUAUAUGAUUAUUUAACCUAAUUCUAGGCAUAAGAAGGGAUUUUAUUCAGUGAAGUUAACUGCCAGCUUGAAACAGGCUGAGGAAAAUGCAAUUUAAUUGAAUAAAAUGAUAAAGCUAUAAAACUACUAGUAAAAUUGUCUAGAAAUUGGUUGAGUAAUCUUAAAAUCUUCUUACAGUAGACUCAUAAUGUGAAAUAUCAACUAGCUAUAUCUCAUAAUGAGAAAUAGUGAUGGUUCCACUUUCAUUGGCUUCUCCUCCACGUGGUUAAUGAAGGCAGACGUCUUUUUUUGCACAGUCAUUGAGAAAUGUUAAGCAAAGCAAUCCGUUCAUCGAUUUGAGGCAAUUGGGGAGCUCCUGAGAAUGUAAAAAUAAAUAAUAGUAACAUAUUCAAAUAAUAGCAAAUUGCUCACAGUCUCAGUUCUUAUCCCUAUUUUCUUCUAAAAUCACUGUAAAAUGGCUUUACUGCUGCUUCAGUGCACUUGAGCACAUUUACUCGUACUUGAUGGUUUUUCUCGUAAGCCAUCAUGAUGGACCGUUUAUUCAACCGCCACAAAUCUCACAAGUUGAUUUUGGGUCAGAAGACCAGGACAUUGCUUCAGGAAUGGGACCAAAAGCCCUUCCUUGAUGUUUAUAAGCGAUGGACACCAUCACCCAAAAGUUUAAUACCAUCCUCCGCUUACAAAAGAUGGUUCUUCAAGGGUUCUUAAGUAAAUUAAAUGGAUCAAUGUAGACCCAUGAACACUCAAACAACCCUCUGCAUCAUUGAAGUGUUUUUUAGACUGAUGGAGAAUGUGCUGUAGAUGGUUCUAUACAGAACUUUUUGACAAUAGUUCUAGAAGUGCCCUUCUUAAAAGGGUUUUAUGUAGAACCAUUAUGGCACAUUUUCUAUUGAGCUGAAGAUCCCCUUCAUGAUGCAAAGAACCCUUUUAUCAUGCAGAGGGUUCUUUGAGUGUUUAUGAUUCUAUUCUAUGAUUCUUUUCUUUACUAAAGGACCUUUGAAGAACCAUUUUUAAAAAAAGGAAAUUACAUUACAUUUGACUUUUGCACUUUUCUUCAAGUAGCCCAAACUGAGCUUUUCCUCUGCUUUAACGGCCAGUAAACUAAUAAUUGUUGGUGAUAUUUUACAUUUAAGUGCAUAGUCCCCUUUUUUGAUGUCAGUAGGGCUCCCCCUAGUGGGCAGAGUCUCUGAUGGUCAGCGUUGAAGGAAUUCUCUAGCAUCUUUUAACCUGUAUCUGUAGCAUAUGGUUUACUACCAAAACGGUAGAAAACGUCACUUAUAAUAGAAGCCAUUAAGCAGAUGCCCAUUGGCUUCUUUUGUUAACAUGCCGAAAUUACUGUCCGUGUUAAUUGACCGUGUGCUGCAGAUGCUGUAGACAGAGUUGAUAAAUGCUGGAAUGUUCCUUUAAUAGAUUAAUUUGUGGUCAGUUUUAUUUCAUAUCUGAAUGCCGGUUGCCAGGCUUCGAGUUCCACAAAGUGCAUGAGCGAAGGCUUUUGCGUCCUGAGGCCUUUCUCAAACCUGCACGCUUUACAUUGUGAAGUGUCUCUGUAACUGUGCUUGAUUUCUUAUUUUAUUUUAUUUUAUUUUACACCCUCACGUUAUACCAUUUCAGUUUUUACACUAUCAGACUUUGCUUCAAAUUUUGGACAUUUUAUUUCAGUGUGUCUGCCAUUUAUUUUUGUUAGUCAUCCCCCUUUCUGCUGCCUCUGUGAUGAACGAGGGAUGGAUGUGGACUGAGAAGAAGGAGGAAUGUUCUCUCUGGCGUGGAUGAAUUUGGGGUUUGACUUGUUGAUGUACUCUUAGUUAACCAUACUUAAUGAUGUGUAAACGUAGAGACGAUGUGAGAGGAAAGCCCAGAUUUGUACACAUGCUUUUUACCACGUAAUAAAGGAUGAUCCUUUUAAGUGCCUGAAUUGGACACAAGUGAA